AUGAUAUUUUUGAUAGGACCUGCAGGUGCAUCUUACAGGUUAAGCGUUUUAUCCCAGAUACAAUGGCGGACGACCCCGGCCUUAGAGAUCGAGAAGAAGAACAGUCACCCUGCUUUUCCUCUGGACUCCAAACCCCACCAUUAAAGAAGCAAAAAACCGUAGAAACACAAACCCUAGACCAGUGCCCCACCUCCAGUAAAGGAAAGGAGAAGAUGGUGGAAAUCAUGCAGGGAAAUACGAAAGAGAAAUUAGAGGAACAUGAUUCAGCAGAGGAAUGUAUUUGUGGGAUAUGCCUUUUGGAGGGCCCAAGGCGAAUAGAGGGCCUAGAUAGUUGUGAGCAUUAUUUUUGCUUUGUGUGUAUAAUGGAGUGGGCGAAGGUCGAGUCUCGGUGCCCUAUGUGCAAGGGUCGGUUUUUGACAAUUCGUCGCUCUCCGUUGCCUGGAAGCUCGCUCCGAGAGCGAGUCGUGAACGUCCCGACUCGUGAUCAGGUUUAUGAUCCCAAUGAAGAUGACCCCUACAUGGAAUAUUCUUGCACAGAAUGCCAUGGUUCAGGGGAUGAGCAUCUCCUUUUACUCUGUGACCUAUGUGACUCAGCUGCCCAUACAUAUUGUGUUGGCCUUGGAGAAACUGUACCCAACUAUGAAUGGUAUUGCUGUGACUGUAAAACUUCAAUGAAUGAACACAGCGACACCCAGAGAGAUGCUGAAGAAAAUUAUAUCCACACCUUUGAACCUAGUUUUCCUGGGGAUUGUGAUGGAUACAUUUCACCCUCUGAAAUUGUGAGGGACCAAAGGGAAGAUGAGUCAUCCAAGCCUCCGACACGUGGGACGCAGACUGGAGAAAGAAAAGUAAAUAGAAGAACCCAAAGUGACAAUUCACAUUCUGUGGUGCCCUCGUCACCGAUUGUUAUUCCUGGAGUGAGGAAGUCUUCUUCUUUGGGUUCUAAUAAAUCAGGUCCAGGUGUGAGAACAUUGUCCCGCUGCAGAGAUUUGCAUGGUCGUAUAAGGAUUAUGCGUGAGAAUUGGGAUGCAUUGAGAAGUGGGUCAAUGAUGUUUUCUUCAAGGAACACCAGUGGCCAAUCAAGCCAAUCACAUUCUGUUUCUUUUGCGAAUGACCAGGUAAUGGCUUUGGAAAAGCAUACCGGUGUUAGAGAGGAGAGUAGUAUAGAUACAUGGGAUGCUAAUAAAGCUUGGAGAAUGAUGGAAUUGGCCCAGUCCAUGACGGGUCGAGGUAAAGGAGCCAAGUCCAACUUGAGAUCAGUGGAUUAUUCUGCUGGAAGAGAAGUAAGGAGCACAUCGAUAUCCUUGGAACCAAAAUAUAAGCUCAGUUCUGGUGGAGGAAUCGAUGAUAGCCGCACUAAAUUUGGAGGUUGUUUAGCUGGUCCUAUUUUAAUGGGUUCUGAUGUUUCGAUGAAGAGACAGAGAUCUUCGGCUGGUGAAAUUAGUGCUCUUACCCCUUCUAAACAUAGGGAUGGUUUGGUUGUUCCCAAGAAAAUGGGUUCUGAUAUUUCUUCUAAUGGAGCAAAACCUGGAGGUUGUUUAGCUGGUCCUAUUUUAAUGGGUUCUGAUGUUUCGAUGAAGAGACAGAGAUCUUCGGUGGGUGAAAUUAGUGCUCUUACCCCUUCUAAAUAUAGGGAUGGUUUGGUUGUUCCCAAGAAAAUGGGUUCUGAUAUUUCUUCUAAUGGAGCAAAACCUGAGAUAUUACCAGCAUGCAACUUUGCUAGUCUUAUCCCUGCUAAAAAUAGCAGGGGUUUGGCUAUUCACAAGCAAAUGGGUUCUGAUGUUUCUUCUAUUAAUGGAGUGAAACCAGCGGUAUCUUCUGUGGGUGAUUUUAAGAUGGGUUCUGAUAUUCCUUUUAGAACAAAAUCUGAGAGUUCCUUGGCCCCCUACUUUGCUAUUGUUACCCCUUCUAAAAACAGGGAGAAAAAUGACCAGCGUUUGGUGAAUCCAGGGCGAAUAGGUUCUGAUAUAUCUUCUAAGAGAGAUGACCCUACAGUAUCCUCAGCAAGCAUUUCCCGUCAGAUGGGUCCCGAUACUUCUACAAGUGGAUCAAAUGGUGGUGUUUUUCGGGGAAGAGAGAGAGUGGCGAAGACAUUAAUGAGAACUUCAGAUUCUAAUGAAACUGUAAGACAAGAUCAUGCUGACAAGAGCCAGGUUCAAUCAAUGGUUAAGCUCAACAUGAAGCUUCUGAGGAAAAAUUGCGAGCUAGGGACUGACAAAUUCAAGGAAAUAGCAAGGCUUUCUACACACACCAUUUUAGCGGCUUGUGGGUUAGAGCAUUCAAAAUCUUGUGUUCAGCCCUUUUCAAGCCCUAAUUGUGUGCACAAUAAGCAGCACACUGCUUCCAAUCUCAUGCCAACUUGUUGCAGAGAGUGCUUCAGCUUCUUUGUCAGAGACGUAGUGAGUUCGAUCAUGGUCAACAAAAGCAGAAAAAUAGAUAACUUAUGUUAACUGUUGUGUAGCAUUUUUUGGGCCUCAUAGGGGGUUUUUGUAAUUAAGCACCCGACCUGGUGCAAUCUCUUGUAAUCU